CCAGAAAGUACUCAGAAUAGGCGAGCGACUACCUCCCCGUCGAGGAGGGGAAAUAGUGCAGUCCUUAAGAUGGCGGCUACCAUGAAGAAAGCGGCGGCGGAAGAUGUCAACGUUACGUUUGAAGAUCAACAGAAAAUCAACAAGUUUGCAAGGAAUACCAGCAGAAUUACGGAACUGAAAGAAGAAAUCGAGGACAAAAAGAAACAGCUUCAGAACCUGGAAGAUGCCUGUGAUGACACCAUGAUGCUAGAUGAUGAUUCGCUGCUGAUACCCUAUCAAAUUGGAGACGUCUUCAUUAGCCACCCCCAAGAUGAAACGCAAGAAAUGCUGGAGGAAGCAAAGAAAAACUUGCAGGAAGAGAUUGGAACGUUGGAGUCACGUGUAGAAUCCAUCCAGAGAGUAUUAUCAGACCUCAAAGUCCAGCUCUAUGCAAAGUUUGGCAACAAUAUAAAUCUCGAGGCAGAAGAUAAUUAAAUACCCUGGAAAUAGUAUCUGGUUUAUUUUCUUUUGUACUACUUGUUCCCCUGUUAGAAUAAUGUUUUAAGAGACCACCUAUUUCUGUUUUAAAGAAAAUUACACUUGGUUAUCCAUUCCAUGUAGUUAAUGAACAGGUCUUAUUUUGCAUACCUAUAAUUAU